AUGGAGAAACCGUUGCUUAGUGAUAAGGGUAAAGAACAAAAGAAGCUAGAACAAGAACAGGAAGAACAAGAAAACAAGAUCCGUCCCGUUAGUUCUGUUCAUAAGGCAUUCUCAGAGUACAAAUAUGAGGAACCUCCAACCUCACGUAAAGUAUUCUACGAUUUUAUGCUUUGGUUGCUUUGGAAUAUUUUUGAGUGUUUCUUUAGAGAAAUCAAGUCUAGGGGUGGUUACAGAAUGCCCAAAGAGGGUCCCAUAAUUUUUGUGGCUGCACCUCAUGCAAAUCAAUUUGUAGAUCCAAUCAUCCUUAUGGAACAAGUGAAAAAAGUCGUUAACAAGCGUGUUUUGUUUUUAAUUGCAGAAUCUUCUUUACAUAUGAGAGGUAUCGGGUUCCUAGCAAGAGCUGUAAUGGCAAUUGGUGUAGUGAGGCCUCAGGAUAAUUUACAACCUGCAACAGGUAAAAUUAAAGUUGAUCCACAUGAUUAUAAGAGAGUUAUUGGGAAAGGUACCAAGUUCUUGAGUGAAUGUCGUCCAAAAGGGUUGUUAGGUCUUGGCAAAGGGUUAGGAAACGCAGAAGUCAUAUCCAUUGAAAAUGAUACUGUGUUAUACAUUAGAAAAGAAUUUAAAAUGAAUAAACCAGAAAAUAAAAAAUUGUUACUUGAACGUGGUACUUCUUUCAAAUAUGCCGAUAAAGUAGAUCAAUCAUUGGUAUACCAUAAAGUUUUCGAACAUUUAGCAAAUGACUCUUGUAUUGGUAUUUUCCCAGAAGGUGGUUCUCAUGAUAGAACUGAUCUGUUACCGAUUAAGGCUGGUGUAGCAAUUAUGGCAUUGGGUUGUAUGGAUAAACACCCUGACGUCAAUGUGAAGAUCGUUCCAUGUGGUAUGAAUUAUUUCCAUGCGCAUAGAUUUAGAUCUAGAGCUGUUGUUGAGUUUGGUGAGCCAAUUGAAAUUUCAAGAGAUUUAGUUGAAAAAUACCAUCAACCAGAAACUAAUCGUGAUGCAGUAAAGACUCUGUUAGAUGAAAUUACUGAGGGUCUUAAGGCUGUUACUGUGACCUGUAAAGAUUAUGAAACUUUAAUGAUUGUACAAGCAAUGAGAAGAUUAUAUUCCACUAGAUUCAAUCAAAAACUUCCUUUGUCAAUGAUUGUAGAGAUGAAUAGACGUAUCGUUAAGGGUUAUGAAAGUCAUAGAGAAGAACUCGAAGUGAAGGAAUUAGGUGAAGAUAUAUUGAAAUACAAUGAAAAAUUGAACUAUUAUAACGUGGCAGAUCAUUCAGUUGAGACAGCCCGUGUCGAUUUCAUGACCAAUUUAUGUUUAUUGAUCUAUAGGUCUGUAUUUAUUACAGCAGCAUUAUUGUUAUCCCUGCCAGGUAUUAUUAUGUUUUCGCCAAUUUUCAUACUGGCUAACAGAGUCUCCAAGGAGAAAGCACGUAAAGCCUUAGCUAAAUCUUCAGUGAAGAUUAAAGCUAAUGAUGUCAUCGCUACUUGGAAGAUUUUAAUCAGUAUGGGUUUUUCUCCCUUGUUGUACAUUCUUUGGUCCUUUAUUAUCACAUAUGUUGUAGUCUCAUGCAAAGGUUACACAAAUCAUUAUAUUUUGGUGUUUAUGAUAUCCUAUGCGUUAAGUGUUUUAGUAACGUAUUCAGCUUUGAUCGUUGGUGAUCAUGGUAUGGACAUGUUAAAAUCAUUAAGGCCAUUGUAUAUGUCUUUGACAUCACCAAGUGGGUUAAGACAAUUACAAAGAGAGAGGGAAUCCCUUACAGAACGGAUCAUAGCCACUAUUGAUACCUUAGAUCCAGAAUUACACAAAGAUUUCGAGAACGGAAAUUUCACUAAGGAGAUGGAAGAUUACAAGACAAAAGAAAUUAGAAGACGCAGACUUGUCAGGCAGAAACGUGAAAGAGAAGCAUUGGAUAGUGAAGAACGCGAGCAUGAGGAACCUACUACUGCGGUGGAUUCAGAUGCAAUUUCUUUAGUGAACAGUGACAAUUCAUUAAGUAAUAUUCCUUUGUUCUCUACAGUUGUUGGUGGUCGUAGGUCGCAAUCCGGAAGUAUAUCUUCUAGUGUGGUAUCAAGUCGUGCAUCAUCUGUUGUUGGAUUCUCUACUGAUGCUAGUGAACAAGCCAUUUCUGAAUUUGAAAUUGAAGUUGACGACGGGCAAGACAUGAUGACAGCAAAGACGACAGCCGUCUCCAGUCGUAUUGCACAGAUUAUUCGUGGAAAACGUGAACAAUCGAUGGAAUAA